AUGACAGAUACAAAUUCAAGUAUUGGAAAUUUGGUUCCUAAAGAAAGUGAUGAUAAAUCUACAAAAAAAGUUGGAGAUGAUGUGAAGACUCUUUUAGGCCCAUUUAUACAUAUUGCAUCAACAGAUAUAUACAGUGAUAAAACAAAAUUACCCCAAGAAGUUGAUGUUUUGAGAGAAAUGAUGGGAUUUGAUCUUUGUUUAUAUGUGCGUCCACUUUGGAUGGCAAAUCUUGUAGCAACAGGUGACAUUAAUGAGACUAUAUCUUUGGCUAGGAAUAAAACUGACUGGGUCAAUUUUGCCCUCAGCCUUUAUCUUUGUCCUAGAGCAAAAUUACCUUCUCAAUUAACUUGUAAUCAUAUGGCAACUAUAACUUAUGUUAAUGAAAAUAGAACAGAGGUGUUAAUUUAUUAUCCAUCAGAACCCAUUUUAGCUGAAGCAGCACUGGUGACUUUGCAAAAUGACUAUUAUCGAAAAGCUGCAAUAACAGUAUUGAAUAAUACAAUUUCUAUAGAUGGAAUAGUUAAUUCUGGUGACCAAGGAGAACUUGGCAUGAGAAUCAUUUUGCUGACUACUUGGAUGCACUGUAUUAAAAAAAGAGGUAGUAUUUUAUUUUUUUCUUGUAGAACACCUGUCAAGGACUUCAUGGAAGCACUUUUUCCCAGAUUUGGAAAAAUUAAGGAUCAUCACGAUACAUGGAAGGAUUAUGAAAUUGGGUUUACACAUUUCAUCCAAAUUACAUAUAAACCAGACUUGGAUACAUUUGAGAAAGUUUGGAUGCAUUAUGAUGCAAUAAAUCUAAAAUAUAAUCAUCAAGGUGGUGAUAUUCUGUUGGUUAUCAAGCAUAAAAAUAAAAAUGAAUUUGGAUGUAUUGUCAUUCAGGUGAAGAAUUGGGCAGUUGUGAAUCAAAAUAUAUAUGAUGAUGUUGGCAGAAAAUUAGAAAUAAACUAUAUCCUGAGUAAUAAUCUGGCAGAUAUUGUUAAAAAUAAUUUUUAUUUAGCUAUUUAUGUUCAAAUUGGCAGGGCAUUUACAGUUGAUACAGAAGUCAUUUGUUAUAAUUAUGGAAAAUUUUCAGGAAGUUGGAAACUCAAACAAGCCUCUACAGAAAGUGAUGAAAACAAAAAAGAUGCAGUUAAUAGAACAGUAGUGUUAGGAUUGUUGAACUUUUAUGAGGGGAGAACUUCUGAGUUUGAAGCAAUGAAAUCUUUUGUGUGUGCAAGAGAUGAUCCUUUUGCAAGAGAAGCAAAUAGUGAAAACAUUAAAAGAUCAAGUUUACUAUCAUGCAUGUUACCAUUAUUUUAUCAGAAAAACAAACAAGAAUAA